CGCCAGCAAGAUCCAAUUAUUCGUGAUUGAACAGUCGACUGGAGUGAACGCGUCUCUCGUUCGUGUGCUCGUGUGUGCUUCGAUAGGUUUCGCCUCAAUUGUGUGCCAUUAUUUUCGUUAGACAGUGAUAGUGAUCUAGUCGUCGUCACGGUGCAGUGCAAAGAUCGAUAAAAACCACAACGUAACCAGCAUAAGACAGGGAUAUCGACUGAUUGGAUUAGUUGUUCGGUACAGUUCGUGUCUACGGCGCAACCUGAAUAUUGAAUAGCUUCAGGUAUUCUCGGGAUCCUUUCACGGGUCAAAAGCGGGCCCGUCUUAUUUUUCUGUAGAAGAAGUGCCUCGUUUAAAUUAGUGUCACACGUACAAAGUGGUGCCUCGACAGCAAUCACGUAAUUGAAUCGUCCGAAGGAGUCAUCGAGCAACCAGUUCCAGAUUAACAUUCAAGAUGCAUUUGUCGAAAACUACGUGUCUAACAGUGCUCGUAUGCCUGGCGGCGGUAGUCACCUCCGUUCUGUCACAGGACGAUCAGCCAAAGGCCAACAGCCGAAACAACCUGCUGCUGCGGCGAGGCAACAUUGGACGACAGAACCCGCUCACCAAGACGACUACCACGACGGUAGCACCCGAAUACCCUGAGGACGAAUACGUGGACGAGGAAGGCGAACAAAUCGAGGGCGAAGAAGGCGAAGAAGGAGCCGCCAAAGUGGAACCCACAACCACUACCACCACCGAAACACCGAGGAAGAUCCGACCCAGCAUCCGUCCGUUCCGCAGCAACGAUGACCUUCUAACGACACUGAAGAAACGUCGCCAAGAUGCCAGGAACAAACCAGUUGAAGCAAAGGAGGCGCCUAAGGGCUACGACGAUGAAGACAUCCCAGCUGCUGCCCCCGCCAAGUCCGCCAAGGCCCCAGCAAUCGGUAAAAUUGCAGAUAAUGUUGUUUUUGCUUUAACGAAACUCCCGAAGGGGCGCCGUUUCGGUCCGAUCCGAAAGGAUCCCGAGCAGAGCGCAGCGCAAUCGGAACAGAACGAACAGAGCAACGGCGAUAACAAUGCAGCCAAGUCGCUGUCUAGCCGCCUGGGACGGUCUCGGUUUGCGCUGAACAAGGCACAGCAGUAGGACGACGAGGAGGACGGAGUAGAAUGAGUGAAUGCGAGCAGUUUUAUGUUUAGGUUUAAAAAAAAAGAACUAUGUUUUAGUUUUACUUUCUUUUGGAAACUACAUUUACAAGAAUUAAUGACGGUGCAUUUGGAGUGAGAAAAAAUAUGUUAUUCAAGGAGAUUUAAUCAAGCAAAAUGAGAAAAGAAGCACUGCCUACUGCAAUGAAUAAUGUAUGUGAAAAAAAAUAAGAUGACCCAUGGUAUAUCAAAAUAGUUGAGCUAGUAAACUUAAAAUACAAAAUGAUUGCCAUGCGGUAGUGGUAUGUUCUAUAUCGCAGCAGAUUGUAAGAUAAUAGUUUGAAAUAAAGAAAAAUGAAAAA